CACUUUCCCCACUACGGCCCAGCCCACUCACCGGCUGUAGAAAAUGGUGAAAGAAACCACUUACUACAAUGUUUUAGGGGUUAAACCCAACUCCACCCAAGAAGAAUUGAAGAAGGCUUAUAGGAAACUGGCUUUGAAGUACCACCCUGAUAAAAAUCCAAAUGAAGGAGAAAAGUUUAAACAGAUUUCUCAAGCUUAUGAAGUUCUCUCUGAUGCCAAGAAAAGGGAAUUAUAUGACAAAGGAGGAGAACAGGCAAUUAAGGAGGGUGGAACUGGUGGCCGUUUUGGCUCCCCCAUGGAUAUCUUUGAUAUGUUUUUUGGAGGUGGAGGAAGGAUGCAGAGAGAAAGGAGAGGUAAAAAUGUGGUACAUCAGCUCUCAGUUACCUUAGAAGAUUUAUAUAAUGGUGCAACAAGGAAACUGGCUCUGCAAAAGAACGUGAUUUGUGACAAAUGUGAAGGUCCAGGUGGUAAGAAAGGAGCUGUGGAGUGCUGUCCCAACUGCUGAGGUACUGGAAUGCAAAUAAGAAUUCAUCAGAUAGGACCUGGAAUGGUUCAGCAAAUUCAGCCUGUGUGCAUGGAGUGCCAGGGCCAUGGAGAACGCAUCAGUCCUAAAGAUAGAUGUAAAAGCUGCAACGGCAGGAAGAUAGUUAGAGAGAAGAAGAUUCUAGAAGUUCAUAUUGAUAAAGGCAUGAAAGACGGUCAGAAGAUAACAUUCCAUGGUGAAGGAGACCAAGAGCCAGGACUGGAGCCAGGAGAUAUUAUUAUUGUGUUAGAUCAAAAGGACCAUGCUGUUUUCACUCGAUGAGGAGAAGACCUUUUCAUGUGUAUGGAUAUACAGCUGGUUGAAGCACUGUGUGGCUUCCAGAAGCCAAUAUCCACUCUUGACAACCAAACCAUAGUCAUCACCUCUCAUCCAGGUCAGAUUGUCAAGCAUGGAGACAUCAAGUGUGUACUAAAUGAGGGCAUGCCAAUUUAUCGUAGACCGUAUGAAAAGGGUCGUCUAAUUAUUGAAUUUAAGGUAAACUUUCCUGAAAAUGGCUUUCUUUCUCCUGAUAAACUCUCUUUGCUGGAAAAACUCCUACCCGAGAGGAAGGAAGUAGAAGAGACGGAUGAAAUGGAUCAGGUAGAACUGGUGGACUUUGAUCCAAAUCAGGAAAGACGGCGCCACUAUAAUGGAGAAGCCUAUGAGGAUGACGAACAUCAUCCCAGGGGUGGUGUUCAGUGUCAGACCUCUUAAUGGGGCAGUGAAUAAUACUCACUGCUGGCAUUUUGUGUGCAGUAGUGAACACACGAAGGACUAUAAUCAUUUGCUCACUACUUGCUAUUGUUUUUGUUUCAAUAUUCAAUUAUAGUAGUGUUUGAAAAGUUACAUGAAGAAUAAA